CUAUCAAAUCAAGUCAAAUAAAUUAAAACCAAAAAAAAAAAAUUUAAAAACAGUCAAAAACAAUGUCAAGAAAAAUAUCUGAAUUCUUCAGACCUCCGCAAAGUGUUUCACAUCCAAUUAGGAUCACAAAUAAUCUUCAAAUUAAAACUGAACCUGAAGUUUGUUUUGAAAUUAACUUGGACGAUGUUGAAGGAAUAAAACCAACACUUCCAGCAUCAAUGAGCAGCAAAUCUCAACAAAUUCAACUGAAAUCCGCAAAAUAUUUGAACAUCCAAGAAGAUAAAACCAACAAAAUUCCAGACAACAUCAAAUCUAAGCGGAAACAAAACCUUCGAUUCAAUUUCCCAACAAAAUCUCAUCAGAAUAAGUCAUUACAAUGUGGAUUUUGCAUUCAGAGAUAUGAAACGUGCUCCCAGCUAGUAAAGCAUUUAAAAAAGGAUCAUGGUUUUGGACUAGCUAGCAAGUUUGAAUGCGAUUUUGAUGGUAAAGUCUUUAAUAAGAGAUCUGGCAUUUUAGCUCACAUGAAAUGUCAUAAAUUGAACGUAAUUUGUAAAGUUUGCAACCUUGAAAUGAAGUUUCUAUCCCUAAAGGACCACAUGCUGUCAGUCCACUCAGACGAGAGGAAGUUCAAAUGCCAUCUUUGUUCAAAAAGCUUCAAAUUGCCGAGUGUGCUUAAGAAUCAUUUAAUGAGUCAUGACAAGCAAUUUGAAUGUAAAAUUUGUGGUAAGAAAUUCAGAAACGGACCUGAUUUAAAGUUUCAUAUUAAGCAGUUCCACGAGAAUCCGAGAAGCUUUAAAUGUGAAAUUUGUGAAAAAGGAUUUUUUGAUAAAGGAAAUUUCAAAAAGCAUUUAAAGACUCACGACAAGAACAGGGACAAGGCUUACAAAUGUGAUCGAUGCAGCUACUCAGAUGACAACAAGGCACACUUGAAAAAACAUCAAAACUUUCAUGCAAGAUGGGAUGCAAAAGUUGGAAAAGACGGUGUAAAAUGUCCAAAAUGUUCAGUCAUGUUUAAGGAUGAAAAGCAUUUGAGCUUCCAUAUUGCUGUUGUCCAUCCAAAAGUUUUAUUCCAAUGUGACUUGUGUGCGAUGUAUUCCAAAACAAAAACUAACUUUGAGAAGCACAUGCGAGUUGUGCAUUUAAGAAAUAAGAAAGAUAAUGAAUAAUUUUGUAAUUCAUUCUUUUCGUGAUGAUUUAAUUCUUAAUUUUACUCUCACAAUUCGCUAUGUCAAGCAAGCGAGCAGCUGCGACUCUCAAUUUAGUGAUCAUCUGAUUGAUUUUUAAGCGGUCUGUUCUUUGCAGAUUUUGAUAUUCGUUUUUUUAAAAAAUUUGGCUUUUAACUUACUUUGUGGAUCCUAACACACCCACCCUCAUCACUUUUUAACAGCAUAGCACCAGU